CAACUAAACUGUUUUGUUGUGAGGUUAUGUUUAUGCGUCAACGUUUCAAGCUUGAUUUUUUGAGUAAAAUAGUGAUUAAUAAUGACUAGUGUAACAGAUUCCCCAGAACGUAAACGUUCUAAGUCGAAAUCACCCGAGAAUAAAUCGAAUAAGCGUAAAGAACAACCGUCAUCAGAUUCACGUAAUAAAGAUUACAGAAGUAAGCGUUCGAGAAGAGAUAGAAGAUCGAGAUCAAGGGAAAGACCACCGAGGAAAAGGUACGUUGAUUUGGAUAGACCUGAUGAUGAAUAUCCGCAACGUUAUUAUGGUGAAGAAGAAUAUCGAGAUGCAAAUGUUGUUGGUAAACGAUAUUACCAUGAUAAAAAGGAUGAAAAAGCGGAAGAAGAAGAAAUUAAAGAUAAAUCAAUUAUUACACCACGUCAAAGAAAAACUGUGGACUUAUUAACUUCUAAAACUGGUGGAGCUUACAUUCCUCCAGCUAAAUUACGAAUGAUGCAAGCUGAAAUAACCGAUAAAUCAUCUGCUGCUUAUCAGCGUAUCGCUUGGGAAGCUUUAAAAAAAAGUAUUCAUGGUUACAUUAACAAAAUAAACACUUCUAAUAUCGGUAUAAUUGCAAGGGAAUUAUUGCAUGAGAACAUUGUAAGAGGUCGUGGAUUAUUAUGUAAAUCAUUAAUUCAAGCACAAGCAGCUUCACCAACAUUCACAAAUGUUUACGCUGCCUUAGUAGCUGUAAUCAACUCAAAGUUUCCAAGCAUUGGGGAAUUACUUUUAAAACGACUUGUACUACAAUUUAAAAGAGGUUUUAAACAAAACAAUAAACUUGGAUGUAUAUCAGGGGCGACUUUUAUAGCUCAUCUAGUUAACCAACGAGUUGCACAUGAAAUUUUAGCAUUAGAAAUAUUAACUUUACUCGUUGAAUCACCAACUGAUGAUUCUGUAGAGGUUGCAAUUUCAUUCCUUAAAGAAUCAGGACAAAAAUUAAGUGAAGUCUCAAGUAAAGGGAUAAACGCAAUUUUUGAGAUGUUAAGAAAUAUUCUUCACGAAGGAAGAUUAGAGAAACGAAUCCAAUACAUGAUUGAGGUUAUGUUUCAAAUCCGAAAAGAUGGCUUUAAAGAUCAUGCAGCUAUUAUUGAAGAACUUGAUAUUGUUGAUGAAGAAGAACAAUUUACUCAUUUAAUUACUUUGGAUGAUGUAAAAGCUACAAACGCCGAGGAUGUCUUAAAUGUAUUUAAAUUUGAUGAUAAAUAUGAGGAAAAUGAAGGAAAAUACAAGACUUUGAGUAAAGAAAUAUUGGAUAGCGAUAGUGAGUCUGAAGGAUCUGGAAGUGAUGGUGAAGAAGGAAGUGAUGAAGAUGGUGAAGAAGAGGGAGAAGAUGAGGAAAAUAAAGAUAGUACUAUUAUUGAUAACACCGAGACGAAUUUAAUUACAUUGAGAAGAACAAUUUAUUUAACAAUUCAAUCGAGUUUAGAUUUUGAAGAAUGUGCUCAUAAAUUAAUGAAAAUGGAAUUAAAACCUGGACAGGAAAUUGAAUUAUGUCACAUGUUUUUAGAUUGUUGUGCUGAACAGCGUACUUAUGAAAAAUUUUACGGAUUGCUUGCUCAACGUUUCUGCCAAAUCAACAAAGUUUAUGUUCCACCAUUUGAGCAAAUUUUUAAAGACACCUAUGCAACAACUCACAGAUUAGAUGCAAAUAAAUUACGAAAUGUGAGCAAAUUUUUCGCCCAUUUACUCUUUACGGAUGCCAUUGGAUGGGAAGUAUUGGAAAUUAUGAAGUUGAACGAAGUUGACACAAAUAGUUCCAGCAGGAUUUUUAUUAAAAUUUUAUUUCAAGAACUUGCUGAAUAUAUGGGGUUAGGAAAAUUAAAUGGAAGAUUAAAAGAUACUACCAUGCAGGAACAUUUUUGUGGUUUAUUUCCAAGAGAUAACCCAAAAAACACCCGAUUCUCAAUAAAUUUCUUUACAUCAAUUGGUUUGGGUGGACUUACAGAUGAAUUAAGAGAACAUUUAAAAAAUGUACCAAAAAACGUUGACUUACCCAUUAAAGAAGAAGAAGAAAGUUCUAACUCGUCUUCCAGUUCGAGUUCAUCUGAUUCAAGUUCAAGUUCUUCAUCAAGCGACUCUGAUGAUAGCGAUUCAUCAUCAUCUGAGGAUGAAAAAAAUAAAAACAAAAAGAAAUCCAAACAAAAACUUAAUGAAAAAGCUAUAAAUAACAAAUCAAAAGAUAAAAAUAAAGAAAUGGCAUCAAAAGUGAAAGUGUUAAAUGAGAAAAAAAAUAUUGAUAAGAAUGAAGAACGAAAAAAAAUGAAUUCAAAGGAGAAAAGUGAAAGAUUUGAGAAAUCAUUUGAAUCAAAAAGACCAACUCGCGAAGAAUUUAAUCGUGAUAGAAGUUUUGAAAGAAGAGAUUUUAAAGAAAAACAAAUCUCUAGGAAUGAAAAAGAACGAGCUUAUGAAGAUAGGAGAAGAGAUGACCGAAAUCGAAAAGAAGAAAGAUAUCGAAAAGGCGAAAAAGAUGAACGUAACACAACUAGAAAUGAACGAAAUCCAAGAAGAGAUGAAAAUUAUGACAAGCGAUACAGAGAUGAAAAAGAUAAACAAAAACAUCGAGAUGAAAAGGAUGAUAAAAGAUAUAGAGAUGAAAAUCGUCGUCAAGAAUCGAGAAGAAAUCGACAUUAAUAGAUUAAAGGAUAAGAAUACCAUGAAUGUAAGUGUUUUUCUUUUAUUUAAGAAUUAAUUUGUGUAAAUAAAUUUUUUAAGCACUUUA